UGCACAUACUUUAUGCGUUCGAUAUCGCCAUCGAUGGCCUCAAAGCACCCAUAGAGCAUAUUUGAAUCAUCGGGUCGUAUCUUGAAGCACCCUACUCACAGAUUCACUUUUAUUGUGCCUGUUGUAUUGGGCCUCAUCAUGAGCCAUCAUUACACAUUCUGAUACAAAUCACGGAGUGGCGUCCAGGGGACCGCGCGGAGACAGAUCAUUCGGUGGUCGAAAGUGCCAGUCAUGCAACCAUCCUUCCCCUUCCCUUCCCUAUCUUUGUUCCAAUGGUGUUCUCUUGUCCUCUUUUCAUUUUCCUAUUUCUAUCUCUGCGGUUUUUUUUUCUCCUUUCUCUUUUUUUUUCCUUUUUUUUGUGAUAACGUUUUGCUUUGAGCAUCAUCGUAUCCUAGGCGAUGACGGUUUCUUUGCUGCAUGGUUAUCACUGAGUAUUCCAUUAUGCAAGACAGUCAUAGUUUAACGGUGUUUUAUCAACAGCAUGACUAUAUUACUCAAUUGUCUUUUUAUAAAUUAUGCCAUCCUGGCAAACCUCGUACGGAACCCACACUUCGACGCCAAGUGUUGAUUCGCAAUAUUCUAUUGAGUUCCAUGUUCUCACCUCUGCUGCAUUCCACGUUUGAUCAGCAACGAUCGCAGGAAGAGAUUUGGUUGGAUGCUUGUUUUGACCAAUUGCAUGACGACGAUGAACCCAUGGAGGAAGACGACCACUCAUUCCAUGAUAAUGGCACGGACCGAGGAAUAACUCACCAAGAAGAAGCACCGAAUACAACUACUCUUGUACUCGCGGUGCCUUUCGACUACCUUGUUUCCACCGUCCCAUCCAAACUCCACCACCGCUUAUCUGAGGGAAUGAUCCCAUCUUCUUCUACUUCUUCUUCUUCUGCUCCUACCAGCACGGACGAUUUGCCUUUAUUUGCACCCGUUCAAUGGCCAUAGCAACAAGCAAACCGGAUCCGUCACCACAUACCAUUCCAUAAACAUCCGCCAUCGUCCUCAUCCUCUGUUAAAUUUGCACUUAUGACAUUUUUUUAUAUCUAUGUUUUAUCCUUUUUUUUUAUCUAGGUUCUUCUUUGUCUCCACUUUGUUUAUCCCCUACUUCUUUGUAUAUUCAUGUAUAUGCAUAUAUAGUGAUCUUGUUCUCAUUCUGUGGGCAUCGGUUACAACCCGCCAUCCCACUUCAUUAUUAUAUUUCCCACCUUGACCCUUUUUCAUCUAUCGGAUGGAUUUGUUCUUCUUUUUUUUCUUUAUUGUAACGAUUGCAUAUUCUUCCAAAGACCAAAUCGCCAAAAAAAAAAAGGAAAAAAGAAAU